UUUCCCUCCCUUUGCCGCUUUGUUACUUGUAUAUAUAUCCAAGGCACACUCUCUUACUUGAGCCACAGCAUUCUUCUUCACCAAUUUCUUUUUUUCCACCAUUUCAUUUCCCUCCUUUUUGUCCCCUCCUCACUCUCUCGAGAAAGACAGCAAGAUUCGUGAAGGAAGGAAGAACUUUUAGCCAUGGAAAAUUGCUAAACAUCUGUGGUAGCGUGCAUCUGUGGUUGUCCAGUAGAAAACAGAGAGUAAGGAAAGGCAUUUUCCUAGAUAAGCUAGGUGGUCAUGGCCAGGGAAUUACAGGUUCUCAAUGCGCUUGAUGUGGCAAAAACACAAUGGUAUCACUUCACUGCAAUUAUUAUUGCUGGCAUGGGAUUCUUCACCGAUGCCUAUGACCUCUUCUGCAUAUCCCUUGUCACCAAAUUGCUUGGCCGCAUAUAUUACCAUGUUGAUGGAGCAGAGAAGCCUGGUAUUUUGCCUCCCAAUGUAUCGGCAGCUGUUAAUGGUGUGGCGUUCUGUGGAACUCUUUCGGGCCAGCUCUUCUUUGGCUGGCUUGGUGACAAAAUGGGAAGGAAGAAAGUGUAUGGUAUGACUCUUAUGCUCAUGGUCAUAUGUUCGAUUGCCUCGGGUCUUUCAUUUAGCCGUGAUGCUAAGGCUGUCAUGUCGACCCUUUGCUUCUUUCGUUUCUGGCUUGGGUUUGGUAUUGGAGGUGACUAUCCACUUUCUGCCACCAUCAUGUCUGAAUAUGCUAACAAGAAGACUCGUGGCGCCUUCAUUGCUGCAGUUUUUGCUAUGCAAGGUUUUGGAAUUUUGACAGGUGGGAUAUUUGCUAUAAUUAUAUCAUCUGCAUUUAAGGCCAGGUUUGAUGCUCCAGCUUACCAGGUUGAUGCACUUGCCUCAACUGUUCCACAAGCUGACUACGUUUGGCGUAUAAUUGUAAUGGUUGGAGCGCUUCCCGCUGCACUUACCUACUACUGGAGGAUGAAGAUGCCUGAAACUGCCCGUUACACUGCACUUGUCGCCAAGAAUGCAAAACAGGCUGCGACUGAUAUGUCAAGAGUUCUGCAAGUGGAUCUUGAGGCGGAAGAGCAGAAGGUCGAGCAACUGACCGAGGACAAGUCCAAUCAAUUUGGUCUGUUCACAAAAAAGUUCCUUCAUCGCCAUGGACUCCACUUGCUUGGAACAACAACCACAUGGUUCUUGCUUGACAUUGCAUUCUACAGCCAAAAUCUUUUCCAAAAGGAUAUAUUUAGCGCGAUCGGAUGGAUUCCCAAAGCACAGACCAUGAAUGCCAUCGAUGAGGUUUAUAGAAUUGCAAGGGCGCAAACACUUAUCGCUCUAUGCAGUACUGUCCCAGGUUACUGGUUCACAGUGGCUUUUAUUGACAGGAUAGGUAGGUUUGCAAUCCAAUUGAUGGGUUUCUUCUUCAUGACAGUGUUCAUGUUUGCGUUGGCCAUUCCUUACAACCACUGGACCCACAAGGACAACCGAAUUGGAUUCGUGGUUAUGUACUCAUUGACCUUCUUCUUUGCAAACUUUGGACCUAAUGCCACCACAUUUGUUGUACCAGCCGAGAUUUUCCCUGCAAGGUUAAGAUCCACUUGCCACGGUAUAUCAGCAGCUUCUGGGAAGCUCGGAGCAAUUGUGGGUGCAUUCGGGUUCUUAUAUUUGGCUCAGGACCAGGACAAGGCCAAGGCCGAUGCAGGGUACCCUGCAGGUAUUGGUGUGAAGAAUUCACUCCUUGUCCUGGGUGUCGUCAACUUCUUCGGCAUGGUGUUUACUUUCUUGGUCCCUGAAUCAAAGGGAAAAUCUUUGGAGGAGAUGUCUGGUGAGAAUGAGACUGAUGAGGGGUCGGUGCCAAAUGCGGAGCCAAGAUCACAUAACAGGACAGUGCCCGCGGUUUAAAUUUUGCUUUAGCCACUUCUCUAGAAUAAGUUUGUUAAACACAUGAUAGAUUUUUCAAUUUUCCUUUUUUUGUUAUGGGCCAGUGCCAAAUUUGGAGCUAAGUUCACAUAACAGGACAGUAUUCAAUGAUCUAAAUUUUUAUCAA